CUGGUAAGUUGUAUGGAAAAAAUCUCCUUACAUUAGCUGUCCAAGCGGCGCGGCUUGACACAAAAUGAUAACGACAUGGGGCGAAUAGGUCAGUAAAAGUUUCAAGAACAUCAUCUUUGCCCCAAAGCUCUCUGAAAAUCACCUUUGACAUCCGACUUUGACUAUUUUGUCGUUCGCUGUUAUCAGGACAGGAAAAAGAAGAACUACCAUCUGAAAUAACUUUCGUCUUUGAGGGUUUUGUGAGUGUUUACAAUAUGUAUUCUUUGAAUGACAUGCCGAUUGGCUGUGUAAAGAUUGAAAUUCCAGAAAAUGGACAUCAAAUAAUUUCUACGUGUGAGAUGCCAGUGGUUAAGGUGGAAAUAUCAGAGGCACAGAGCAAUACAAUCAGUCACCAAACCAUUUCAAUGUCAAGGGAAUCAAUCCAAGAAAUACCCUUACUUAGAGACGUAAACACUCAAGAAGAUAUACUCAACAUACAAAUUAGCAACGUGCAAGGAGCAAUGUGUGAUCAAAUUGUGGAGAACAAUGUUAUGCCCGUCUAUCAGAUCGAAAAUCCAGUGGAUGGACUGACCAGCCAAGGAGAGCAAUCUCCAACGUUUGAUUUCGUCAACCAGGAUAAAGUCUCGGCUGUAGGACAUUUCCAUGAGGAAAAACCUCCCGAUCAUUUGAUUUCACACGAAAACGGGUUUACUGCUGAGGUUGAUAUUCCGUCUCAAGUUAACAAUUCGCCAGUUUAUGAUAGGGAGACAUUAAAUAAGAUCGAAAAGGAAGAAAAGGAGAUCCCAAUCCAGCAGCAUAAUCCCAGCGAGAGAGCUCACUGCUAUCAACAGAACCACCACACGAGUAGCAAUUCAGCACACCAACUUGAUAGCCAAGGGUCUUUCUAUAAAAAUGGAACCUCUGAGAAGAGUACAUCUAACCAAAUGGAUACCAACGGCUCGCCCUCAUCAGCUUCUCUGAAAUCCACUGUGCCUCUUUACCACUUUGAAGAAGUAACGACUCCCCAAACAGGAGACUGGGCAAAGGAUAAGAAUAAUGAGAUCAAGUACUACAAUGGUAUGCCAAUGUACCCUCGUGGAUACAGCUUUCAAGAAUUUCAACAAAGAAUUCCAGCGUGGCCAACAGAAUCCCGUGAUUUGGUUCCAAACAACCAGAAGGCAAGGAAUUGUAAUUGUAGCUGCCAUGGGCAAAAUAUCCCAUCUCGUCAAUAUCCAGCAGUAGAUUUGAAGAACCCUCGACCCUCAGUUAUCAUGGUCCCUGUUGGCUGGAGCAGCAAUGAUCCUGGGAUGUCUCAUCUACCACUGGAGGUUGAUACAUCGACUCACAAGCUGAAUUCACAGAAUCAAGGAGGAAACUGGUCCAACAGAGAUGGCUUGAAUAAUAGUAUGGAUUACUCGGACGAUUCAGAUUCUUCUGAUGAUGAUGAAAACGGAAAAAGAGACAAGUAUUUCCGAAAGGAGAUCGAUGGUACUACAGCAAGAUUUAAGUUGUCCAAAGAGGACUGGGCAAGAAUUCCGAUCAACACAUUCCCCAGCGGUGGCCGAUUGUUGAGUGGCGACUGGACACGAAUCUUCCUCAGCAAAGUCAAAGAAAGCAACCCAUGGUGCAGUUUACGCUUCAAAAAUAAUCACGUGAGAUCAGAAAACUCUCGGAAAAUCCACUCAGCAGUAUUCUUCAGGGGAGGCGCGGAAUGCAAGCGACCAGAAUGCAACGUGAAGGUGCGAUUUGUGAUCCGGAAAGAAAGAGGAAAACAUGUGGAGGUGACCUACCUGGGAAAUAUUUGCCACAGCAGUCAGCCCGGGGUAAGUGACGUCACAAGUGAUAAAAGAGGAAUGAAACGUGAUCGUCGAACUUACUCGACUUGAACUCAGUUUCAGCCAUUCACACAUUAGUCAAACUAUUCAAAUACAAGAAAUUGAUUUGUUCGUAUACAAUUUUUUUGAAAAUCUAUUAUCAUGUGUCUAUGGAAAAAUUUUUCGCCUGAAAGAAGGUAAAUAUCCAUUCCCUUUACCGGCCUUUACCGUAGGCGAAUAAUUGUUUCAGAAUAUACCAGAAAAGGACCAAAAUACUAGUUUGUUUAGUUUCUGUUUAUAUAUAUAUAUAUAAAUAUAUAUAUAUAAGAAAUAAAUUGUUAAUCAUCCCGACUGUAACUUCAAUUAGAAAUUCAUUCACAGUCAAGCAGAAGAGGGAUUAGUUGAGGGAAAGUUUUCAGCUUUUCGAUACUGUCUUGAAACAAGUCCAGAUUCUCUCUUUAUAGGUUCCAUGUUAGGAAAUGUCUAACGAAUAGAAUGGAGAUUUAUCGAUCAUAUUGAGUGCGAUGGAGUAAAACGCCUCUUAAAAUUUGUCAGAUUCAUUCACUGAAUAGCAAGACUAUUCUUUCUGCUAAAAAAAUUUCUAUGGGUGAUAUUUUUUAAAAAACUAUUGUUGCACUUUGCAAGAAAGUUAACACCAAAGUAGUUGGUUUUUCUUGUGCUACUAGGUAACUUUAAAAUUGUCUUUUGAUAUUUAUGAAACUCAAAUUUAUGAUAUACGUACAGCAUUCUGUAUUCCUCACAAGAAUUAUUACAAAGAAACCUUAUUUUGAAGCAGAGAGUUCUCGAUACUUAAAAUCUAUUUUCACACAUUCAGAUGCCGAAAUGUAAUAAUGCUGCCCUCUAUUUUCAAUUGUAUCACCGGCAUAUUUCUGUAAUGUAUUCACCCCUCAAAUAUUUACCUCUAUAUUUAUAUACUACAAAUCUAAAUUGUGAUUUAGGUGAAUUAGUGAACACCAAAACCUAAUGAUUAUUUACAGAAGCAUUUUUGUAUCCCUAUAUAUUGAUAUUGUAGUAUUAGGUGUUUUACACAUUUACAAAGACCCAAAUCACAAAGUUUUGAAAGGUGCUUCAAAAUAGGUUUGUAAAUGGCACAUAUGUUAGACAAAUGUGCCAGCAUUAUACGAGUUUAGACAAGCCUUCAGAUU